AUGUUUGUGUCCCGCCCAGGCGACCGCGCGCGGACGCGCGCGACGAAGUCGAGCGCCGAGGACACCAAGGGCGACGGCGGCCUGCGGGUCGUGAAGCGCAAGCUGCGGGCGGAGCUCGCGACCUACCUCAACCACCACCACCAGCCGCCGCCGAAUCUGGACGUCGCGGACCAGGCGCCGCAGUUCGUCGCGUCGAUGGCGGCGAUCCGCGGCGUCCGGGCCGUCGUGCGCCUCGCCGUCGACUACAGCGGCACGAAGCACGAGGACCCCGAGGGCGCCAUGGCCGCGUUCCUCCAGGUCGCGCGCCUCGCGUCGGUCAAGGGCCCGCCGGGCGACGAGAACGCGGCGGCGGCGGCCGCGCACGUCAGGUUCCUCCGCGCGGCGUCGUCGGCGCUCCGGGGCCCCGCGACGAUCUUCGACGACUCCGACGCGGCGCACGCGACGGAGGCGGCGGCGGACGCCGCGCGCGACAGGCUCCGCGCGUCCAUGAGCCGGCUGCUCACCGCGGAGGAGGACGCGGACGCGGCGUCGCAGGGGAGCGUGCGGUCCGUGGGCACGCUCGACUCGACCAAGAGCGGCGGCGGGCCCCUGACGGCGGCGACGGGGGCCUCGUCGACGCCCUUCGGGACCGUGGCCGGCGCGUCGGGCACGUCGUACACGACGCCCGACUCGUCGCGGGCUGUGCCGAAUUCAACCACUGAUUUGGGUGUCCUGACCAAACUUCAAACCUCUCGAGCUCCGUCGCGCGACGGCGACUCGCUCGCGCGCGACGACGGCGGGUCCUUCUUCGACGGCGGCUCCGUCGGCUCGGCGACGAACGCGACGUCCGUCUCCGCCGAGGAGGAGGAGCACAUCAACGAGGGCGACGAGCUCAUGAAAAAAUCCAAGAUCAUGAAGGAGCAGCUCGCGCGGUCCGCGGCCGAGGCCGUCGCCGCGAUCGCGCGCCGCGCGACGUCCAAGGGCAUGGCGAACCUCGGCGCCGCGGACGUGCCCGAGAGCCUCGUCGUGGCCAUGAAGGCCCUCGACGAGACCUGCCACGUCGACGGGUCCCUCGCGCGCGUCGUGCCGUGGGUCAUGUCGACGCUCCGCGCGGCCGUCGCGGUCGCGCGCGCGUCGAACCUGGCGCUCGAGCUCCGGGACAGCCGCAUCGGCCGCGAGCUCGGCUACCUCAAGCCCCAGCUCGCGUCCAUCGAGCGCACGGGCCCGCUCAACGCCGACGCGACGCGCUGCUGGCGCCGCAUCCACUACCUCUGCGUCCAGAAGCCCGCGGAGCUCGAGGCCGCGAUGGAGGCGGCGGAGGAGGCGGAGGACGACGACGAGGGCGACUCGGAGGAGGAGGAGGCCGCGGACGCGGCGACGCGGCGGCGGCGCCGCAAGGAGCUGCACACGCCCCGGGACCGGAGCAACGACGACGCGGCGCUCGUCGCCGCCGCGUCGCCCCACGGCGUCGCGAACCACAUCCUCGGCGCGAUCCGCGCGGCCAAGGACCCGAUCCGCCUCCACGAGUGGGACGCCGAGGGCGACGACCGCCUCGGGCGGCGCGCGGUGGUCACGCGGCAGGCGGACGACUCGCAGCGGCCGCCGCCCGUCGCGCUGCCCGCGGCCGAGAUCGACGAGCUCAUCGAGAAGGAGCAGCGCGACCGGCUCCUCGUGCACCGCUCCGUCGCCGAGGAGAUGUGGGGCCACGAGGCGCCCAAGGCGCCGCGCAAGUGGCACCUCGACCGCCCGCGGCCGCCCGCCGUGUCGCCCGCGAAGGCGCGCGCGGAGCUGCCCCACCCGCUCGUGCCGAGCAGGGCGCUCCGCGACCGCGUCUUCGACAAGCUCAUGACGGGCCGCGUGGCGCGCUUCGCCGAGGUCCAGGCGUCGGCGAAGGCGGCGUCCGCGGCGGCGGAGCCCGAGCUGCUCGCCGUGCUCGACUCCGGCGCCUUCCGCGCCGCGCUCGCCGCCUGCUGCCCGGCCUUCGCCGGCGAGAGCGCGGCGUCCCUGCUCGGUACGCUCGUCGGCGAGAUGGGCGCGGCGGAGAUCUGCACGGGCAUCCCCGCCGGCGGCGGGCCGGACGCGCCCGGGAGCUCGUGGUCGACGUCGAUGGAGGACGCGGAGCUCACGGAGGACCUCGACGACCAGUGGGCGAACCGCCUGCGCCACAACGGCUCCUUCGCGCCGUCGAACGCGAGCCACUCCUUCAGCCACUGGUUCGCCAUCCAGGACGACGUCGAGGUCGGCGCGUACGGCCUGAAGCCGUUCGCCACGCGCGGCAUGCCCGCGUCCCUCGCGGAGGCCGACGAGCGCGGGUCCUACGCGCUCUUCAACGCCGUCCGCUCCGACGCCUGCUCGCCGCUCUACGGGAACCUGACGCUCGUCCUGGAGCCCGAGGCCGUGCGGCCGGGGCUGCUCGUUUCCGCCAUCGACACGGGAGAGUGGACCGCGCUCUGCAACCACACCGACGCGUCGCCGGCCCACGGCGCCGUCGGCGACUGGCACCCCUACCCCCACGACUGCGGCGCCUACGACUUCUCCCUCGGCACGCUCGACCACUUCUCGCACCUCUUCCUCCCGAACGCGCGGUACUGGGCCGGGCCGAACGCGACGGCCGAAGUCGUCGCGGCGAAGCUCGCGCGGACCUUCCGGCUCCUCGCCGAGCCCUGGAGCGCGCCCAUCGCCGGGCCCGAGCUCAUCCACUACUGGGAGGCCAUGCCGGCCAUGACGCUGCCGCUCGCGACGUCCGUGCGCUUCGCGAUCGCGUCGUUCCCGAGCCUCUUCGGCACGGACGCGGGCGACGAGCUCCGGUCCUGGUGCGCGGCCCGCGGCUGGCCCCUCGUCUGGUCCCUGGGCCUGAACACGGGCCGCGAGGAGCAGUUCUUCUCCAUCGGCUACGAGACCGCGCUCUUCAACUCGUCGAACCGGAUCCUCGACGGCACCGUGUCGAACGCGUCGACGCUCGCGACGCCGCUGCCGCCGACGGCGGCCCUCGAGAUCGAGCUCGCCUGGGCCGACGUGCUGAGCGUCCGCGCGACGGAGCCCAACGUAUCGAACGCGACGUGGGCCGCCGCGUGGUCGAACCUCGCCGCGGCGACGCCGCCCGCGGCCAGGCUCGCGCCCGUGACCAAGGCCGCGGGCUGCGGGCCGACGUGCUUCGCCGUCGACGGCACCGGCGCCUGCUUGGCGAUGAUCGCGUUGCGCGAGAUGACCGUCGGCAGCGGCGCCCAGCCGCCGCUCGGGUCGCGGAGCGGCGUGCGGUACGCCUGGCGGUCCCAGGAGUUGAUCGGCCCGUGGUCGCCGGACUGGCGGCAGACGUUCCAGAUGGCGUUGCGAUCCACCACAUUGCCGCCGCCGAAGCCGUCGUUGAAGUUGAUCGCGGACCGCGGCCCGUUGAAGAAGACGUUCGAGGAGAUCGUCGUGAGCGCGGCCUUCGCCUGGAAGUACCUGCGUGGAACUCAAAUCUUCGACCCGACUUCGAUGUGA